AUUUUGUGGAAAGACGGAAGUAAAUCAAGUGGGAGGGGACGAAGGCCAUCACAGCCCCUUCUACGCCUGUCACGGAGAAUCGACAAUUUGGAUCCAAGAUGACGGACUCCAAGUACUUCACCACUACCAAGAAAGGGGAGAUCUUUGAGCUCAAGGCAGAGCUAAACAGUGAUAAGAAAGAGAAGAAGAAGGAGGCUGUGAAGAAGGUCAUUGCAUCCAUGACAGUUGGCAAGGAUGUCAGCGCUCUGUUCCCAGACGUUGUGAACUGCAUGCAGACGGACAACUUGGAGCUGAAAAAGCUGGUCUACCUCUACCUGAUGAACUAUGCCAAGAGUCAGCCAGACAUGGCUAUCAUGGCUGUUAACACCUUUGUAAAGGACUGUGAAGACCCUAAUCCUCUAAUCCGGGCCCUUGCUGUUCGUACAAUGGGCUGCAUUCGUGUGGACAAGAUCACUGAGUACCUCUGUGAGCCACUGAGGAAAUGUCUGAAGGAUGAAGACCCGUACGUGAGGAAAACAGCCGCUGUGUGUGUAGCAAAACUCCAUGAUAUCAACGCCCAGUUGGUGGAGGAUCAAGGCUUCCUGGACACCCUCAAAGACCUUAUCUCUGACUCCAACCCCAUGGUUGUAGCAAAUGCAGUGGCAGCGCUGUCUGAGAUAGCAGAGUCUCAUCCCAACAGCAAUCUACUGGACCUGAACCCUCAGACCAUCAACAAGCUACUGACUGCUUUAAACGAGUGUACAGAGUGGGGACAGAUAUUCAUUCUUGACUGCCUGGCCAAUUACACACCUCGUGAUGACCGCGAGUCCCAAAGCAUCUGUGAGCGUGUGACCCCACGGCUCUCCCACGCCAACUCUGCAGUGGUGUUGUCAGCUGUUAAAGUUUUAAUGAAGUUCAUGGAGAUGCUUCCCAAAGACUUGGACUACUAUGGCACCCUGCUGAAGAAGCUCGCCCCUCCACUGGUCACGCUGCUCUCUGCUGAGCCCGAGUUGCAAUAUGUGGCUCUCAGAAACAUCAACCUCAUCGUACAGAGACGCCCAGAGAUCCUGAAACACGAGAUGAAGGUUUUCUUUGUAAAGUACAACGACCCAAUCUAUGUCAAACUGGAAAAGCUCGACAUCAUGAUUCGCCUGGCAUCUCAAGCCAACAUCGCCCAGGUUCUGGCUGAGCUGAAGGAGUAUGCCACUGAGGUGGAUGUGGACUUUGUCCGUAAAGCGGUCAGAGCCAUUGGCCGCUGUGCCAUCAAAGUAGAGCAAUCGGCAGAGCGCUGUGUCAGCACACUGCUGGACCUCAUCCAAACCAAGGUCAACUAUGUGGUGCAGGAGGCCAUCGUAGUCAUCAAGGACAUCUUCCGCAAGUACCCUAACAAGUAUGAGAGUGUGAUUGCAACCCUGUGCGAAAACCUGGACUCUCUGGAUGAGCCGGAGGCUCGUGCCGCCAUGAUCUGGAUUGUGGGAGAGUAUGCUGAGCGCAUCGACAACGCUGAUGAGCUGCUUGAGAGCUUUUUGGAGGGUUUCCAUGAUGAAAGCACUCAGGUGCAGUUGCAACUGCUGACGGCAAUUGUCAAGUUGUUCCUGAAAAAGCCCACUGAGACCCAGGAGCUCGUGCAGCAGGUGUUAAGCUUAGCCACACAGGAUUCCGAUAACCCAGACCUCAGGGACCGCGGCUACAUCUACUGGCGUCUGCUCUCCACAGAUCCUGUGGCAGCCAAGGAGGUGGUUCUGGCUGAGAAGCCCCUGAUCUCUGAGGAGACAGAUCUGAUUGAGCCCACACUGCUGGAGGAGCUCAUCUGCCACAUUGGUACUCUGGCCUCUGUCUACCACAAGCCUCCUAGUGCCUUUGUUGAGGGCAGCCGUGGUGUUCAGCACAAGAGACUCCCCGGCAGUGCUGGAUCUGGGGAGAGUGUUGAGAGCCCAGAUGCAGUUUCUGCUGCUGGGGUUUCUGAGGCUCCUCCUGCUGUCAUCCCAUCCCAGGGAGACCUCCUGGGAGAUCUGCUUAAUCUGGACCUGACACCUCCUACCACCACCGGACCACCACCACCCGCCUCUUCUGGAAUGCAGAUGGGUGCUAUGGACCUUCUCGGAGGAGGACUGGACAGCCUGCUUGGCGGAGACCUUGGAGGGAGUCCUGCUAUGGGGGCAGUUUUUGGUGCUCCACCAGCUACAAUGCCAGCCUCCUUUAAUGCCCCUGUUAGUGGUGGUCUGGAUGACCUGUUUGACCUUGGAGGUGGAGUUGGUAUGCCGAUGGGAGCCUACAACGCCCCAAAAACUGUUUGGCUUCCAGCCAUGAAGGCCAAGGGUCUGGAGAUAUCAGGCACUUUUGUCCGCCGUGCUGGUGUCAUCCAAAUGGAGAUGACCCUCACUAAUAAAGCUAUGAGUGUCAUGACUGAUUUUGCCAUCCAGUUCAACAGAAACAGCUUUGGUCUCGCUCCAGCUGGUCCCAUGCAGGUUCUCACUCCUCUUAGCCCAAACCAGAGUAUUGAAGUGGCCCUUCCUCUCAGUACUGUAGGACCUGUCAUGAAGAUGGAGCCUCUCAACAACCUGCAGGUGGCUGUUAAGAACAACAUUGACGUAUUCUACUUCAGCUGCCAGUACCCCAUCAGCAUGCUGUUUGUGGAGGACGGGAAGAUGGAACGACAGGUGUUCCUCGCCACAUGGAAAGACAUUCCUAAUGACAACGAGUCCCAGUUUCAGAUCAAAGACUGUCAUCUCAACUCAGAUGCAGCCUCCAACAAACUGCAGGGUAGCAACAUCUUCACCAUCGCCAAGCGUACAGUGGAGGGUCAGGACAUGCUGUAUCAGUCCAUGAAACUCACCAAUGGCAUCUGGGUGCUGGCUGAGCUGAGGGUGCAGGCAGGAAACCCAAACUACACGAUCUCUCUGAAGUGCAGAGCUCCGGAGGUUUCCCAGUGUGUUUUCCAGAACUACGAAUCGGUGCUGAAGAACUAAAAAAAACAAAAAAAAACAACACCCUGACGUCGACCCGGCCGCUGCCCUCACAGACUCCUGGCACCUUCUCCUGCUCUCCCUCACCUGACCCACGGACCAUAUGACAACCUCACGCAGUGCGGGCGCCACCUCCAGCUGUGUUGGAACUCUGUCUGUCAGUCUAGCUGUUAAAUUAGGAUGUUUAAUGAUUUUGACCCACCGCUGGUUGUUUUUCUUUCCUAAAAUUGCAGAAAAUCUUGGUUCACUGCCUUGACUCGCCUCAUCCGGUCUCCUCUUAUGUAUAUUUGUUAAACAGAAGUUUCAGUUUCGGGACAUUAUCUUAUUAUACAUCGAGCUGGUCCUCCUCUCUGCGAUGACCUGUACUUUUUUUGGGGACGGACGGCUGUAUUCCCAUGACUUUCUCUGCAUGAGGCUCUCUAAUCAUUUUCUAGCCCCACUUCUUGUAAAUUGGAGUCUAUUUUUAGCGUCUGCAAUCAACAGGGGAAUCAUCACUGUCUGCAUCUUUAUUUAGGGUACUUUCAAUUAAAAAUGCAGCAGAAAAAAAGGCUUUAACUCGUUACUCUUGCCCCUGUGUGAAGUGGCUGUCUUGGCCUUAGAAGAGACAGUAGAUAAUUACAAACUACAUUAUUGUUGUCUUUGUCAUUUUGUAGAGUUUUCUUUAGUGUCUGUGUUGAGCAGUGGGAUUGGAUCCUCUGCUGGCGAUGAAAGCAGAGUGUGUGCUGUGUGUGCAUGGAAGCUGUUUGUUGGUGUGCGUUUCUUUUUAGUUUUCCAUCAAUAUUGGGACAUUUUAUAGACCAGCAGCAGUCGUCCACUGCCUGCUCUCUUACUUAGUCAUUCCAUGGUUUGAUUUGUGUUUGUAGUCUUGUUAGUGUUCUUGUGGCAAACUGGGAGAGAGCCUCAGGUGUUGAGAGUUUUGUAUUUGCUGCUCAAAUCCCCCCCCGCCCCCCCUUCUGCGUCAGCGACAGCCCCUCGGGCUCUCUCUGCCACUUUGCUCUCUCUGUAUCCUCAUCGCAGCCUCUCGAGCACCGUGGCCACCUGAGAUGAAGGCUCAGGUGAGGUAAAACUAAACAUAUGAUGCCAUGGCUUGUAACACUUCUGAGUAAUAAGUGUACAUGUAGGUAGCACGCCAUCUGCGUCCAGUAUCCCCGUUUUACCUGCAGAAUCGACCGGAUUAAUUGGAUUCUCUUUUUCCGAGUCAUUACACUGAAGCCCUUUUUAUCGGCUCUACAGGAUGUAUGCGCCCACGCUAACACCUUGUGUAGAUUUCAACAGAGAUGGCUGUGUGUUCUGAGCGUGUCUUUGUGUGUGGUGACGGCUGAUUCGUAUGAAAUGCUGUAAAAAUAAAAAAAUAAAAAUAAUCGAAUGUUUAAUCAGAUGUUUUUGAUUGACAUGAUUUUGUUCAUUG